AUGGAAAUCGAUGAUUUGAAUAGAACUAUGUGGGCGUAUUUUAGUGCCAAUUAUGGCCAAGUUAAAGCUAGAAACGAAUUCAAUCACUACAAUAGUAUGUCAAAAUCAAAGCUAAAGAAAUGCCUGAGAAAGCUUAAACUUCAGAACGGCAAACUGAAAGAAAUAAAAUAUGUCAGUAGACUGUUGCGGAAGAAAUUUCGGUCACAUGUUCAGCGUAAUUAUGAAGAAGAAUUAAGUAAAGAUUUUUGGAAAUUUUGUAAAAAAGAGUUUGAAGAAUCAGAGACACAAGAACCGAAUUUUGACGAAUCGUCCUGCUAUGAUUAUUUUAGAAAUAUUUUCUUCGAAAAGCAUAAAAACCGAACAUUCAACCUUCCCUCUUGGCUUAAACCAUUUCCAGUGCCAUCGAGCAAUUUCGACCUGGAAUGUCCAACUUACCAAGAAAUAACGAAAAUAAUUCGGAAAAUGAAAAGUAGUGGUUCUCCUUGCCCUAUUGACCAAAUAAGUAUUAUUCCUUUUAAACGGUGCCCCAUCCUGAGAACACAGCUUUGGAGACUCCUCUCGAAAUGCUGGACCGAAAAAUAUAUUCCGACUAUCUGGAAACGUGCUGUUGCGGUAUUCAUUUACAAAAAGGAUUCACCUGACAAUCCUGCUAAUUGUUUUAGAGCCAGUCAUGUUGAAAGUUUUCACCUCUGCGAUAAGGAACAAAAUUUUCAAAUUCGUGCGCGAUAA